UUGCGCCUCCACAUUCAAGGUUGUAAGGCAAAUUUGAAAGGUAUUUAACUGCUAUUUCUAGCAGGCCGCUUUGGUGAUAAUAAUGUUUGCUUGAGAGUUACCUCCCUGAAUUCUCUGUUUGAAGUCUGUAUUUUCGAUCAACAUCAACUCUAUAUUCUAGAUCUCAAAUAUCUUGUCGAAAUGUCUGACUUCAAGGAAUGGUUGCUGACCACAGGACACCAGUUUCUUAAAUGGUCUGACAAUGAAAGGAACCAAACUCUUGACCAUUUAAUCUCCAUCAGCAGUAGUUCCCAGUUAGUUUACCUAGCACAACUUUUGCCAACAUUAGUAUAUCGAGAUUUUUUCAGAUUACUUCCAAAAGAAAUUUCUACCAUUAUCACAAGAUACCUCGAUGCUAAAUCUAUUCUUAAUUGUCUAUUAGUGAGUCGACAUUGGUAUCAGCUCCUUAACUCCCUGCCUGAAGUCUGGCGCCACUGUUGUCGGCUGCAUUAUAUCAAAGUUGACUCUUCACCGCAUCCUGCUUUGUAUUAUAAGACGCUUUUUCUCAAAGUAACAUCAAAACUAUUGAAACCUCUAAAACAGCGUAAGAUGUACAGUGAGAAGUUCUUUAGGGGUCACUCAAACAGGAUUAUGGCGCUUGAUUAUCACAAUGGCAGAUUGGCUUCUGGUUCUGAUGACCAUUCUGUUUCUAUAUGGCAAUAUCCAGGUGGUGAAAGGCUAAUAGUGCCUCAACACAAAUCAGUGAGUACUGUGAAAUUGAUGGAUAACUUUGUUUAUAUGUCAUUUUUUGAUGGCAUCAUUCACAGCUGGGAAAUCUCUCGAGGCCUACAGUCAUCGUUCAUUGGCCAUGUUUCAGCUGUAUACUGCAUUGAUGUUUGUGAAAGAUUAUCAAUUAUGGUCACUGGUUCGGUUGACUUAACAAUUAAAAUAUGGGACUUGCAGUCUGGUCAGUUGUUAACAACAUUAAUGGGACAACAUGAAUGUUGGAUAAUUGAAACAAAAAUUGUUCCAUCAGAAGAUCUGUCUUCGUAUACACUAAUUAGCAGUGAUUACAGAGUUUGUUAUAUCAGAAGAAUGAACUCAGAACAUGAACAAACACAUAUUGAAACUAUUUCCUGUCCACAUUAUUCUAUUAUUCCUCAUCUGCUAGUUGAAAAUCAUAGUCUUUUAAAGAUCUGCUUCCAGUCUGAUGAUUAUGAAGAUGAUGAUGAAGAUACUCUAAUCAAGGUUUAUCAGUUUCAGCCAGAAUUAAAUAUGGUUCAACGAUAUAAAAUAACUAAAGCUGCCAAACCAAUUGAGCUACUUUUGGGGGUUGGCCAGAAACUGGCUAUGAUUAUUUCUCGUGUAGACCAAUAUUGGCUUCUUUCAAUAUUUGGACUACAUACCAAUGAAGUGCUUCUGGCAAAACCAUUUCCAGCAAUCAGACUAACCAUACCUGGUUCCUCAGUCACCUGUGGACCUUCAGAAUGGUUGAAUGGCUUUGACUCCAAUCCUCCCCGUGGGUUACUUUUAGCUGCUACUCUUGAAGAUAAUAGCAUAUACAUUCUCAGUUGGAAAGAAGGUUCCAGUAAACACUCAUCUAACAGAAAAUGAAGAGACGUUCAGUUUUUCAGCUGAAGGAAAUUAUAGUUUGUAGUAUUCUGAUAUUGGUUUCAUAUCAUAUCAGAGGUAGAAGGAUAUUUUCUACAACCUCAUGGUAGCUGUUUCAGACGAGACAAAAAGGCAGAAAGAUGGAAUAAGAGUGACACAGAUAAUUUGGAACUGUCAGCGAUUGUGAUUUACUAUUUGUAAAAGCAUUUUCAUAAGUUUCUCCUAAAUAUCCAUGCUUGUUUUAUGUUUCAUUUUUGUAUUUGAGACUCAAAACAGACCUUAAAGAGAGGGGGCAUGUCAUUGGUGAGGCAAUAAAUAGCAAUGACAGGACUUUGACAAAAGUGAUUGUUUAACCAGCACAUUAAACAAAUGGUUUCAUCCAUUUUUUACCUGUGAUCCCCUUUUGAUUCCUAUCUUAUACUAAGUCCCCAUAACCAUUCAGUGGAUAUAUAAAAAAAAAUCCUUCUGUAUUUUUAUAAUAAAAUAUUAUUAUGAAUUGUAUAAAAAAAAAUUAAAAUACUUUGUGCAUUGUAAAAGUAUAAGCAGUUUAUUGCACAUAAAUUUAAAGAAAAUAUCUUAUAUGGAUCCCCAAGGGCCAUAUGGGCCCCAGUUGAGAACCAUUGAAUUAGUUGAUUAGAUAUCUAACCAACUGACUAACAAUAAAGAAGUGAUAUUGAA